AUGUAUGUUGACGACGUACUCGCCGGGGGACAUAGCGUCGAAGCUGCGAUAAGAGCUCGAGAAGAGAUAUCACAGGUGCUAAAUUCAGCCGGGUUUCCAUUACGAAAAUGGACUUCAAACUCUAGCAAAAUACUUCAAGGAAUACCAAAAGGUCAUUUACUUAGUGAAGAUUUCUUAGAGUUUGAAGAUACCAGUGCAGUAAAGGCUUUGGGCAUCAGAUGGAACGACCAUUCCGAUUACUUCUACUUUAUAGCGAAACCAAUUGAAAAUAGCAACAUUAUUACAAAGAGGGCAAUACUUUCAGCCAUCGCCAAACUGUUCGAUCCACUGGGUUGGCUUGCACCGCUUAUAAUCGUCGCCAAGAUCAUUAUGCAGAAUAUUUGGUUAGAAGGAACAGGUUGCGACGAAACCGUAUCUCCAAAUACCUGGGAUUACGCGGAAUUAAACAACAUCCGCAUACCAAGAUGGGUAUAUUUCACGCAAACCGAUAAUGUGGAAAUACAUGGUUUUAGCGAUGCUUCGGAAAAGCCAUACGCGGCGACAGUUUAUCUAAGGGUUCAGACUGAGGAUAAAGGUUUCGUCAACCUACUUAUGGCAAAAACAAGGGUAGCGCCAGUCAAAACAAUAUCUUUGCCCCGAUUGGAGUUGUGUGGUGCAGUAUUACUGGCCGAAACAAUUGAAACUGUCGUUGAAAACCUUAGCCUUGCUCAUUUGAAG